GUUGUCGAGCCUCGAGACUGUCACUUUACUUACAAACAUGGGUAGGAGAAGACUUGUUUAAGGUCUGUUCUUCAAUACCAAAACUUUCAACGCUCUGUUUGGGAUUUACUUGGGAGUUUUGUAGGACACUUGCAGCCGUUUAGAUGGAAGAAGAACCGCUGCUGGCUGGCAGCAUUAACCAGGGUUCAGGAGAUUAUGGAACUCACAAUGAAAGUUGUCCACAUUAUCCGGAUGAACACACGCCGAGAUCAAGACGACUGUCCUAUUCGGUGACUGACGAUUCGUGCAAUGUGGAAGAAGAUGCUGAUGCAGACCUUUAUGUCCAGCAGGCAGUAGUAUUCAUCGAAGAUGCGAUUAAGUAUCGAUCCAUUAACCACAGGGUGGAUUCUGGGUCCUUACGAUUGUAUAGAUGGUACUACUCCAACUUAUGUCAGUGGGGUCUGGGCUUAACUAUUGCUGUUGUACUGGCUUUGGCCUUCAUUGAGAGACCCUCCUCUUUAACCUACACCUCAGACAUUCGUGUCAAACCCAAGCCCUGGGAGCCACCCUGUGGAAUGACAGAGGGGAUCGAGAUCGUCUGCCUUUGUAUCUUCAUCCUAGAUGUCACCGCAAAGAAUUUAAGAGUCAGGAGACUGAUUCGCCCAUUUUUCCUCCUACAAAACUCUUCCCUUAUGAAGAAAACUCUAAAAUGUAUUAAAAGGACCCUUCCCGAGAUAGCAAGUGUGAUUCUUCUCCUGGCAUUGCACAUCUGCUUAUUCACCAUGAUUGGAAUGCUGAUCUUUGCCAAAUCAGAUGACCCGAAGCAGAAUGGAGAAUGGCAGACAUACUUCAGAAACCUUCCCAAAGCUCUUUCUUCUCUGCUAGUGCUGCUCACCACAGCUAAUAACCCUGAUGUCAUGAUUCCAGCAUACUCUCUAAACCGAGGCUAUUCUAUAUUUUUCAUACUCUUUAGUGUGUUUGGAACAUAUUUGUUGAUGAAUCUAAUGACAGCUAUUAUUUAUAACCAGUUCAGGGGAUAUUUACUGAUGUCAGUUCAGACGUCUAUCAUCAGGAGGCGUCUGGGUAUCCGGGCUGCGUUUGAGGUGCUCUGCUGUCCAGGCCGAGGUCACACCAGCACUCAGGCUGAAGGCCACGUGGAGCGUGUGGCGGUGAACAUGUUUCUGAAGGUCAUGGAGAGAGUCCACAUGAAAUCCUACUGCAGACAAGCUAUCGUUAAGGCCGCUCGGCGGUUUCCAGAUGGCUUCAUCAGCGGCGAGGACUUCCAGAGGCUCUUCAAUGAGCUGGACAAGGAUUUUGUUAAAGAGCAUCCACCAAAGCCUGAGUACAGUUCCUCUGGCCUGCAGCAUAUCCAGUAUGUCUACAGUCACUAUUAUAUUUCUGUGCUGGGAAAUGCUGUCGCUCUGGCCAAUGUCAUCUGCAUUUGUACUGUUUUGGUUCUGAAUGCAGAGAAAUCUGCCUCAGAGAAAAAUUACUUUUAUAUGGAGAUCAUCAACUGUAUUUUCAUCCUGUACUAUUUAAUAGAGAUGCUGCUGAAAAUAGUGGCGUUUGGUUGGAAAGGUUAUCUGUCAUACAGGAAUAACAUUUUUGAUGGAUUUCUCACAGUUCUUCUGCUGGCAAUUCAGAUCGUCAUAUUCAUCACAUUCAAGAUUCCCUAUGUGGACGUGGAUCCGGUUCCGCGGCACGUGAUGGCUUUGUGGGAGAUGAUACGACUGGUCAACAUGUUGAUCGUUUUCCGCUUCCUUAGGAUUAUUCCAGAAAUCAAGUUGAUGGCAGUGGUGGCCAGCACUAUCGUUGACCUGGUAAAAAACCUACGGGCAUUUGCUGGGAUUCUUCUGGUGGUAUACUAUAUGUUUGCAGUUCUCGGUAUCUGGCUUUUCCAAGGAGCUAUUAGUCCUCCAUCAAACAUGAGUCUGGUCUCCAACUCCAGCUUGGAGAACAUCACAGGGCCCUAUAGCAUGGAAUGUGGUACUUUUGAGCAGCUCGAAUACUGGCCAAACAACUUUGAUGACUUUGCUUCGUCUCUGAUUCUGCUCUAUAACAUCAUGGUGGUGAAUAACUGGCAUGUUUUCACAGACGCAUAUGCCAGAUACACUACAGACUGGUCUCUGGUGUACUUUGUGGUCUGGUGGUUGACAUCUUCAGUCAUGUGGGUCAACCUGUUUGUGGCACUCAUUUUAGAGAACUUCACCUAUAAGUGGGACCGCAGUAAUGGUCUGUCUGUUGAAGAUGUGGAGAGGAUCGCCUAUCAAAGCACUGUGCAGCUUAUGUUCAAAGAGCACGUCAAAGAGCCGACAGAAGAAGAGUUACUAGCUCAACUACAUCAACAUCCUCAUCUCCACCUCUCCUGGUGACCCCCUCACCUCGGCCUUUAAUACAUAAUUACACAUACCCACAAUCCUCCAGGACUCCAUCACGUCUGUGUAGGCCUCAUGUUUACACAUCCAUCCAUUUUGGAGAGCCUGUUUCCCAUUACAGGAUCUGUGUCGCUUCAGGUCGGUCUGGGAAAGGGUGUGUGUGUGUGUGUGUGUGUGUGCGUGUGUUUUCCAGCACAGUUAACGUUCAGAGGAACUUCAAUUUAUAAUGUAUAGUCUCUAGUUCUUGUUUUAUCCUCAAGACAACCUGUUAAUGAAGGUAGCAUAAGUAUGCAUAAGUGGUUUUGAUUUACCCCUUUUUUUGUCGUUUGAUGAUAAUGGAUUUAUUUAUUUUUUGUAAGUCUGUUACAGUCUGUAGAUCUGUGGAUUGUUUGAGAAAUCAUGGGUAAAAGGGACAAUUAACGUGUACAUUUUUUUAAAAGAUGUGUUUUAUUGAUUUGUAGAUUCAAUAUUUCUGACGUCCAUUUUGUUUGUUCAGCGACCUUUAUUUAAGUUAGAUUUUACUGUAUGUUGUACAGAAAUCUUAAUCAGGAAAUCUCUCAAGGAAAUACUUUCAAGUCCAGAUCAUAUUUCAUCAUAUUUCAUCUAGCUAACAACCAAACACAAAACCUGAAUUUGCUAAUUAUUGCAUUUAAUUUAUGUAGUAAUAUGUAAUAUUCGCUCAUUGCAUGCUGAUGGUUGAACUGAGAACUGUGAAUGCCACGAUGGUAAAAUCUAUACAAACUGGGCUUUGUUUACUGUAUGUGCAUUUUUGUGAUUUAUGACCUGGACUGUUUGACAAUGACUUAUUACGGGAAACAUUUGGUUUUUCAGCCAUAUCAACAAUAUAUAUUGCUCUAACCAGUACAUUUGGCUGAAUAUUGCUAUAAAUACACUGAAUCCUGAAUUGUGAAA